AUGAGCAAGUUAGGGUUAACCAAUUUCAUACCCUCCCUCUCAAUUCCUUCUCACGGAUAUGGAUUCACCUUUUCCACCAUAACCCUCACCUUCAAACCUCGAAAACCACACCCAAUUCCAUUGUUUGCAUCAUCCAACAACAACAACAAUGAAGAAAAGGAAAAGGGGGGAAAUUCUCAACAACAACAACAAUCACCCUCUUCUUCCAAUGGACAAGAACAAAAACGACCUCUUUUUGGUUUCAAUUGGAGUAACCUUCUAGACCCAGAUCCUGACAAUGUUCUUGCUCUUGGAUUAACGGGUCUUCUCACGUGGGCAAGUGUUCAAGUUCUCUGCCAACUUUUGUUUAUCUCUUUUGCUAUUAUUGUUGCUGCUCUUAAAUACUCUUUCAUUGCUGCUCUUCUCAUUUUCAUCCUCAUCGCACUUCUGUAA